AUGUCUGCUAAUAACACGACCCUGCGACGGCUCAUGAAAGAGGCCCAAGAGCUCUCUCCGUCAUCUUCCUCGCCAUGUCCUCACUUCCACGCUCAUCCGCUGUCUGACUCGAACCUCUUUGAGUGGCAUUUUACCCUUGCAGGGCCUCCUGCCCCGUCACCUUAUGCUGGUGGCAUAUACCAUGGCCGCAUCCUCCUUCCCCCGCAAUAUCCUCUACGGCCCCCUUCGUUUCGUUUCCUAACUCCUUCCGGCCGGUUUGAAGUUAACCGCGAGAUAUGCCUUAGUAUAAGCCGGCAUCAUGAGCAAACCUGGCAGCCAGCGUGGGGUAUCCGGACCGCCUUGACUGCAAUCAGAAGCUUUAUGGACGGUGAGGCAAAGGGUCAGGUUGGCGGACUAGAUGCAAGCAGUGAAGCUAGGAAGGACUGGGCAAAGCGGAGUAAAGAUUGGGUCUGCCCAAGCUGCCCUGAUGGAAAGACAAAUGCAGAGAUCCUGGCGAAAUGGCAAGAUAUGUGCCGUGAGAAAGGUGUCAAUGUUGACAAUGAGGGUGCUCCAGGGGAACAGCAAAAUAGCGCUGAUAGGAUACCUGAAGGCCUCAAACUGGACUAUCGCGAUGAGUUAGAGAAGGAAUCAAAGCCUGGUUCUGAGCCUACUCUAGCAACUUCCCGACCAGGCGAUAGCAACGGAGAAGUGCAUCAACCCAUAACAUCCGGCCUCAACAACUCUACGCCAAUGGUGACUUCAGCGACGGGAAACCCACCCCCAGCAGAGGCUCCGGGGAACCCAAGUCGGCCCACCGCAGAUAUUCGACCCCAGGUAUCAUUGGCACCUCAGCAUAAUCGCACUCAAAUAUCGACCAGGAAUACCCCUGACCAAGAUGACGGCCCCUGGUUAGACAGAGCCAUUAUAGGGGUUAUAUGUGCCUUAGCUUUUGUUAUUCUUCGGAAGGUUUUGUUUGCUCCUGCGGACAUUUGA